UUCAAACCCCUAUCGCACAGGCUCAGAACCCCAACCCCGGAGGAGGUGGUUACAUUGUGUCUAUUGUAUCCCUUGUCUGUUGUAUUUGUACAUUUCUCCCGACCUGAAAUAGAGUGAGAAGCAUGGCAGAUGAGCAAGAAAUCAUGUGCAAACUGGAAAGCAUUAAAGAGAUCCGGAACAAGACUUUGCAGAUGGAGAAGAUCAAGGCCCGUUUGAAGGCUGAGUUUGAGGCACUUGAGUCAGAGGAGAGGCACCUGAAGGAAUACAAGCAGGAGAUGGAUCUCCUGCUACAGGAGAAGAUGGCCCAUGUGGAGGAACUCCGUCUGAUCCAUGCUGACAUCAAUGUGAUGGAAAACACCAUCAAACAGUCUGAAAAUGACCUAAACAAGCUGCUAGAGUCUACCCGGCGGCUGCAUGAUGAGUAUAAGCCUCUGAAGGAACAUGUGGAUGCCCUGCGCAUGACUCUGGGCCUGCAGAGGCUCCCUGACUUGUGUGAAGAGGAAGAGAAGCUCUCCUUGGAUUACUUUGAGAAGCAGAAAGCAGAAUGGCAGACAGAGCCUCAAGAGCCACCCAUCCCUGAGUCGCUGGCUGCUACAGCCACUUUCAGGCAGCAGCCCCCACCUAUGAAGGCCUGCUUGUCAUGUCACCAGCAAAUUCACCGGAAUGCACCUAUUUGCCCUCUGUGCAAAGCCAAGAGUCGGUCCCGGAACCCCAAAAAGCCGAAACGGAAACAGGAUGAAUGAAGAGAGGAAGAGCACAUGGAGCUCUGUUGAUCAUAACUCCUCCCCUUGGCCAGAGUGAUUGAUGUUCUCAUUUGAAACAACCUUUCCCUAUCCCCACCAAGUCUCCUGUUUAUGGUGAUUGAAGCACAACUCCUCUCACUUUACUCUUACUACUUCUUGCUCUUGGGAAUUCCAGUUUAGGAAGAGAUGUGGUUCCGGUGCUAAUGACAGCGUGUCUGAUGAUCCCUUUUCUUCCACCUACAUUUCAAUCCCUGCCCUCAUUUCAACUCUGCCCUCAUUUGAAGUUUAGGCAAAGGCAAAAAGCCCAAAUGUGUCUCUGUCUCUUAUGCCUGAGGCCUGGAGCCUAAGGAGCUCUAGGGUCUGAAGCUGGGGGAGGCACAUAUCUUGUUUCAGAUAAAGGGUCCAGGAUUUCUCCUCCUAAUAUUUUUGUCUUAGGCUCUGAAGGGAAACCAGUCCUCUUGCCAGACUUCUCAACAGUCUGGGUGCAUAUAGCUCCCUGAUCCCAACCCUUAUCUUAUUCUUAAAGCCCAUAAGUAUAUUGAACAAGCCCUCCUGUUCAUAUUCAUUUGGGAGACCUGGCUGUUAUAUCUCCUCUCACCCAAAUCUCCCUGAUAUGCUAAAAUUCUUAGGUACCAGGCUCUGUGCCUGAGGAUCCUGAGCUUUUGUGGGCCUACCCCCCAAGUGUAUAGUGUUUGCAAAUCAGUAGUAGAAAUUUCCCACAGUAAAAUCAUGGAGCCAGACAGACCCAUUCUACGAGAUCUGACUAACUCACUGUCAAAGUCAAUGGGGCUGCCUUAGGCUGAGAAGGGACUUAGGCCGACAUUGGUGUUGGCUUUCAUUCAAAGCCAUUACUCUAGCAUCUGUUUAAUGGUAUAUUGAAAGGGAAGAGGAGUGGAUUUAGAGUCAAGUGAGUGCCAAUUACUUUGUAACAUAUGUAGGUUAGUUGGACUUUCACUCCAUUUAUCACUUCCUCUCUUUGAUCUGGCACCUUCUGUAAGAUAGCCUCAGCUCAAGAUAGCUGUUGGUCACCCCUUUCCUGUGGAUUGUGUAAGUGUCCUUCCCUCCCCAAAGAAAAAGCACUAGACUCUCUAAGCCUCACAGCUCUCCUCUCUACCAAACUCAGCUCUCUUAGUUAAGACAUUCCUAGACAUAGAGAUGGGAGUGGAGGUUGUCUAUUUGAAAAAGUUUUAGCCCUGACUGGAGAGAAGGGGUUAGUUUUCCUCCCUUCCUUAACUAUAGUUGCCACUGUGUUUAUGUGUUCACAAUAUAAAAGGUUCCUCUGCUUUUGAAAGUAAGAAUGUUAUGUCUGUACAAAUAGUUUUAAGUAAACAUUAGUUCAUUGGAGUAAAUGCUGACUGCCUACUGUGUACUGAAUAAUACAAAAGAUGUAAUGCUAUUCACUCUUUUGGAUAGCUCUUUUUUGCUCCUAUUCACUCAUCCUUACAAAUGAGAAAGCCAGGCACUAGCACAUAAUAAUUUACAUAAUUAUCCUAAUAAUUUCCAUAUGCUUAGCACCUAUUCUGUGCCAGGGCCCUAUGUAUGAUGCUUUACAGAUUUGAUUACAUUUGAUAUUCAAAACAACUUUACAGGCUAAGUAUUCUUACUGCCAUCUUUUCUCCCUGAAAAGGAAACAACCUCAGAGAAGUUAAAUGACUUGUCCAGAGUUAAUGGCUAGUAAGAGGAAGUUUCAGGAGUUUAAACCAGAUUUGUCCAAUAGCAGAGUCUAUUUUUUUCUACUUCUCCAAAGUCUUUUUUUCUUUAAGUCUUUCUCUGUUUUGGGAUGACUUGAUGAUGAGAGUGACUGUAAUAACUCUGAACCUGAAAUCAGGUAUAAGGUAUCCGGUGACAGAUUGAUUCAGGGAAAUAAAGUCCUGAUCCCCUAUAAGAAUAUAGUAGGGAACAACUCUGAAGGAGUAUCACAGCUUCCCCUUAGGGUAGUUCGAGGUUGCUAUUAUGACUGCAUCACAGUUCCAAAGUCUACCUCUAUCAAGACUUUUUCCCUUCCCUUUCCUUCUCUCCCCUUCCUUUGC